AUGAACACCAGCUACGAGCACGAUAAUCACAGCCGGCACAUCGUGCAGGUCUUCGGUCUACCGAACACAACGAAACAGGACCUCGAAGUCGAUUGCAACUAUUUCGUCGGCUCGACCAGUGUCUUCUCGCUCAGUUGGUUCAUCGGGAUCAUUUACUUCUUCUACAUCACGGUGUUUGUCGUCGCCCUGACAGGGAACAGCCUAGUUUGCUACGUCGUGUACAGUAAUCCCCGUAUGAAGACCGUGACGAAUUUCUUCAUCGUGAACCUAGCUCUCGGGGACAUCUUGAUGACGUUGUUCUGCGUGCCGCCCAGCUUCGUCAGUAUUUUUCUGCUGCAGUAUUGGCCGUUCGGGCCGGAACUUUGCCCAAUCGUCAAUUACUUACAGGGUGUAUCGGUUCUAGUGAGUGCGUACACUCUCGUCGCAAUUAGCAUAGAUCGUUACAUAGCCAUCAUGUGGCCCCUGAAGCCGAAGUUGAGCAAACGGCAGGCCCUGCUUCUGAUUCUAGCUGUUUGGAUGCUCGCAAUGGUAAUAUCGUUCCCGAUCGCAAUCGUUUCACGAUUGACCCAACCGUCGAUAUACUACGAGAUGUGCGAUCACUAUAUCUGUGAAGAAGUUUGGCCGUCCAUGAAAAACAGAUAUUACUACUCCAUAGCGUUAUUGGUUCUGCAGUACGUGAUACCAAUAAUGGCCCUUAUGUUCACGUACACUAGCAUAGCUGUUAUGGUCUGGGGUAAGAGACCGCCUGGAGAGGCUGAAAAUAUCAGAGAUCAAAGAAUGGCUCGAUCAAAGAGGAAGAUGGUGAAGAUGAUGGUGACUGUUGUAAUAGUAUUCACUAUCUGUUGGCUCCCAUUUAAUAUAUUGAUCUUAAUAAUGGACAACGACGACGACGUAGGACUGAUGAGUUGGUCUGGAAUUCCUUUUUUAUGGAUGGUCCUUCAUUGCCUGGCCAUGUCACAUUCCUGUUACAAUCCAGUUAUUUAUUGCUGGAUGAAUGCGAGAUUUCGAAGUGGUUUUAUCACUGCAAUCAGACGUUUACCUGGGGCACAUCGAAUUCUUCGUAACGAGACGCAACGUAAUGAUAAUCAAAACGCCAGUUUGGUUGGAAUUCCUUUAACUGGGGUCGAUGGUUCGGGUUACUCUGUCCUGCGACGUAUGAACACUUGCACGACUUAUAUUAGCGUUCGCCGCCAAACAAACGGAAACCAUAACACACCUGUAAGAAGUGCCAGUUUUCGGAACGACACAUUCCGACCCACAGCUCAACAAGUACAACGACAAUUUACAUGUCUCGAAUCUCACUCGGAGGAACAAUUAUAG